GGCAUUUCUGCUGAUCCUGAAACUUGCAUUUUGUUUUCAACGUAUGUGGGCAGAAAAAUUGUCUUCUCUCUUUCGAUUAGUUUUAAAACAUGUUAUCGAUAGUUGAUUUCUAUGGUAAACAGUCUAAUUAUAGUUGCGGCUAUUGCAAACAACCCAAAUCAUGUCAGUCUCAUGGAAUGUGGGCUCAUACGAUGACGGUGCAGGACUAUCAAAGCUUGAUCGAUCGGGGUUGGCGACGUUCUGGUUGCUACUGUUACAAGCCAGAAAUGAGCACUACAUGCUGUCCGUCGUAUACGAUAAAGUGCAAUGCGAUGAGCUUCCGUUUGAAUAAAUCACAUAAAAAAAUUAUAAAACGGGUCAAUAAGUAUUUGAAAGACGGCAUCAGACCGAAAGAUCAAUCCACUGAGUCGGGAUCGUGUGACGGUGAUGCAGGUGACACUGGUGGUGAACUGGAAAUGGCUGACGUUGCUCGAAAUCCACGAAAAGAGUUACAUGAGAGCACGAUGAGUUCAAUCAGAGCAACAGAUGAAAUAUUAAGGAAUGAUAUGGUCGAUGGUCCCUGUAUGGGUAAGCCAUUAACGACAACGACAAUAAGUUGCUCGAAUUUUUCUGGUGAAUCGUCAAUCGGACGAAUCAAUAAUCCCCCCAAAAAGGCGAAACUGAUGAGGAUCGAGAGGAAGCGCGAAAAGCUAAUGCAAAAGGGUCUCACUUCUGACGAUAUUGUGCAAAACAUGCAAAGUACGAAGAGGAAGAACACCGAGAAAAGCUUGGAAGAUUUUCUGAAUGAGGCUCCGAAGGAAGAUGCUGCUCAUCGGUUGAAGGUAAAACUUGUUCCAUCUAAUGAAGGUGCCACUGAUUUAGUAUACAGUCUUUACUGUUCCUAUCAGAUGGCGGUUCACAAAGAUCCACCAACAAAACUGAAAAUGGACAGUUACAAGCGGUUUUUGGUCAAAUCUCCACUUAAGGUUAUCACCAUUUGCACCAAAUCUGAUGAGUUCAAUCGUAGUCUCGGAAUCUCCUUUGCCCUUUACGAGAAGUAUCAGACUGCGGUUCACAACGAUCCGCUUCAAGCAAUCGAUGAUUAUAAGGAUUUUCUGGUCAAGUCGCCUCUUAAGUUUGUCACUGGAACGAACUCACCGAACUGUGGUCUAGGGUCCUUUCACCAGCAGUAUUGGUUAGACGAUCGCUUAAUUGCCGUCGGUGUUAUCGACAUUUUGUCAAACUGUGUCAGUUCCGUAUACUUUUUCUACGAUCCGGAAUUUCGGUUUCUAUCGCUAGGAACGUACGGGUCAUUGAGGGAAAUCGCCUUCACCCGUCAACUGCAGCAACAGAAGGCUGAUAUCUCCAACUACUACAUGGGAUUCUAUAUUCACUCGUGUCCAAAAAUGCGAUACAAGAGCAAUCUUAGCCCAUCCUAUUUGCUGUGUCCGGAGGUUUACAGCUGGCAUCCACUUGACCAAAAAGUAUGUGUGAAGUUAGAUAGAAACAAAUAUAGUCGUCUUAACGAAGAUCCCAACGCAAGUGAUCAGAACAGUUGGACACCGAGGGAUUUGCUUGAUGUCCUCGUGCUGGUUGGUAGUUCAUACAUGCGCUACUCCUCGUAUAUGGAAAUGAUGAAACAAAAUGCACCUGAGCAAAAAGUGAAGACGUACGCUAAGUUAGUCGGAAAGGUUCUCGCAUCACGCAUGCUACUAUACGAAGGAUAGAGUGAUAUUGUAUAGUUUAGUGAAUUAUUCAAUUGUUUAGAAAAACGAAACAUUGUACUUCUUUCAUUUGCUUAUAUGUAUUUAUAUAGGCAGUGGCGUACCGAGGAAAUUUGGCGCCCGGGGCAAAAUAAAAGAUUUGCCGCCCCCAUCGUUGGUUUAGUAAGCAAAAAAAAAAAACAGCUGAAUCUCAUAUCUGGAAGCAAAGCAAAAAAAAAGGUCCUAAGGAUUAGUUUGCCGCCCCCAUAAAAAACGUUGCGCCCGGGCGAGUGCCCCCAUCGCCCCCCUCUAGAUACGCCACUGUAUAUAGGUUUCCCUAUCUAUAAAAAUAAUGCGCAGAACGUGGCUUAAUUUCCUGGAUAUCAAGGAAAUGAAGUGUAUCUGUGAGUUAAGGUUCUUUGUAUUUAUUGCCGAAGUAAAAUGAUUAUAUCGUUGAAAA